UCAGCAGAAGGAACUUCAGAAGUCCAAGAAAGACAGGAACAGGAAAACAGCCACCAAUGGCUUCAGCAAUCUUGGCCAAUGUAAAGGAGGAGGUGACCUGCCCCAUCUGUCUGGAGCUCAUGAUUGAACCCAUGAGCAUAGACUGUGGACACAGCUUCUGCCAAGCCUGUAUCACAUCAAGCUAUAAAUCCACUAUAGGUCCAAGAGGGGAGGGCAAAUGUCCUUUGUGUCAAACCCCUUACAUGUUUGAGAGCCUCCGGCAUAAUCAACAUAUGGCCAACAUAGUCCAGAGUCUCAGGGGGGUCAAGUUGAACUCACAGGAGCAGACUGUGCAUCAUUGUGCACAGCAUGGUGAGAAACUCCAGCUCUUCUGUAAGGAUGAUGGGAAGGUGAUUUGCUGGCUUUGUGAGCGAUCUCAGCAGCACCGUGGUCACAACACAUACCUCUUGGAGGAGGUUGCCCAGGAGUACCAGAACAAGCUCCAGGCAGCUCUGGACAAGCUAAGGAAGAACAAGGAAGAAUCUGAGAAGUGGAAAGCUGAACUCCAAGAAGAGAAAACUUCCUGGAAGACUCAGAUACAGGGCAAGAUACAAAAUGUCCAGGCAGAUUUUACACAAUGGAAAGGUAGCCUGGACUCUGAGGAGGAGAAAGUACUGCAAAAGCUGAAAAGGGAGGAGGAAGAUGGUUUGCAAGCCCUGGCAGUGUCAGAAAAUGAACUGACCCAGCAGAGCAAGCUUGUGACUGAGCUCAUCUCAGAUGUGGAGCAUCAGUUAGAAGGGUCCACAAUGGAGAUGCUGCAGGUAAGUCUUUGAAUAGUUCCCUGUAUCUAGAUUCAGAAAAUCUUCCCUUCUCUU